UGGGUAACAUGCUCCAGGUAGGUGUGUGGUUGUCACACAGUGUGAAUGAGAAUUUGUAGUUGUGCACCAAAACUUGUAAAAAUGACCGAAGUAGUAGAUUACGACAGCUUAAAUUUACUUUUGAAGGCUAGCUCCAAGGACUUGGUAGUGCGUUUGUGCGAUCAGGCGUUCCUGUACCGAGACCUGAUCCAUCCGCCGGCCGAGGUUGUGCACAAGAUUGCCGAGGGGUUGACGGCCAAUGACGGCGAAGCGAGCAAGUUGCUACGUUCCCUUGGUAACCUCAUCAGGAAUGUGCUGUACAUUGGGUGCACAGACGCCACCUCUGUCCAAGCUGUCUUCCCAGGUGACUUCCACAAAAAUCUCAAAGACCUUCUCACAAGUAUCUUCACAAAAAAAUUAACAACGUGGAGGAACCGAUCCGUCAACAGCCAAAUUUCCUUGCCGCGUCUGGUGGACUUUGACUGGCGGGUUGACAUCAAGACCUCCUCAGACACUCUGGCCAGGAUGUCAGUGCCCACAUGUGUGCUUCAACUCAAGGUUCAGGAGAACGCGACAAGGGUCGACGACGCGCCCGAAACGUCGACCAUGAACGUGGAGCUCAGCAAAGAGACGUUAGACACCAUGCUGGACGGACUGGGCAAAAUACGUGACCAGUUGAGCUCUGUCGCUCAGAAAUAAUAGGCAUUUCCUUUCAAAUAAUUUUUAUGUGAGUAUACUUUCUAACAAGUAAAUAUAAACUCCUUUAUCCAGUAAAAAAAUAAAAUGGUCACAAAUAGUGACCUACUGUUUGAGUUUGAAUACUUUUAACUCAUAAAAACUCUUGGAUGUGUCUUUCAAUAAAAAUGUAAAUCUUAGAUCAAAGGGGUCAUUUUUUUCAAACUCUGUGCCCUGUGGAGCCCCUAGUUAAGUCUUGGCCUAAGAUCGACAGGAUGUUAUUUUUGUUUCCCAUAAUACAGCCAGUCCCGAUCCUAUUGAUGGGUCAAUCUUCUCAUAAAGUUGGACAUGUACCAGUCUAGUCUUGGGCUUCAAAUUGAAAUUUCUUGGCUUCACUCUCAGGUGCAAAAUGUUAAAGAAAAGUCUCCUUUAAAAAUCAAAUUGAGACCUCAAACUUGGCUGGUGAAAUACUGAGGAUCUUGCCUUUGCCUCACGAAAAACUGUUGUCAGCUGAAGAGUGACUAAUGUUGCCUGAUUUUGUUUUGCAUCACAUUUUUCUGCACUCAAGGUUUCAGGCGUCCCCCAGUGUACAAAAAAGUGCCAUUACUUUUUUUCCACGUGGCAUACGUAGUCCUUUUCAGGAACAUGGCUUGUAAGGCAUAGUCUUUCUGGGAGUGCAUGACAAACAAGCACAAACCUGCAACGACCAAUCAAGAGACAGAGUCUGUGGGUCAGGUGUUUUACGAUUAAACCAAAGAACUUUCAAGUGCUCUGAAGAUUGAAAAUUUCUCCCCAUAUGAAAGAGUAUUUGGAGUGCACUCGUAGAGUAAUUGGUUGAAAUAUAUGUUUCUGCAAGAUUAGAACAGAUUUAAUUCAAAAAAAAUCAGAGGGUCAGGGGUUCUAAUCCAGCAGCUGGCCGUAUGUUGUGUCCUUGGGCAAG